AUGGCCGCGGCCAUCGCCAGCGGCUUGAUCCGCCAGAAGCGGCAGGCGCGGGAGCAGCACUGGGACCGGCCGUCCGCCAGCAGGAGGCGGAGCAGCCCCAGCAAGAACCGCGGGCUCUGCAACGGUAACCUGGUGGACAUCUUCUCCAAAGUUCGCAUCUUCGGCCUCAAGAAGCGCAGAUUGCGGCGCCAAGAUCCCCAGCUCAAGGGUAUAGUGACCAGGUUAUAUUGCAGGCAAGGCUACUACUUGCAAAUGCACCCCGAUGGAGCUCUCGACGGGACCAAGGACGACAGCACUAAUUCUACCCUGUUCAACCUCAUACCAGUGGGACUGCGCGUCGUUGCAAUCCAGGGAGUGAAGACAGGGUUGUACGUAGCCAUGAAUGGAGAAGGUUACCUCUACCCAUCAGAACUUUUUACCCCUGAAUGCAAGUUUAAAGAAUCUGUUUUUGAAAACUAUUAUGUAAUCUACUCAUCUAUGCUGUACAGACAACAGGAAUCUGGCAGAGCCUGGUUUUUGGGAUUGAAUAAAGAAGGGCAAGUUAUGAAAGGAAACAGAGUAAAGAAAACCAAACCAGCAGCUCAUUUUCUACCCAAGCCAUUGGAAGUUGCCAUGUACCGAGAACCGUCUUUGCAUGACGUCGGAGAAACGGUCCCGAAGGCCGGGGUGACGCCGAGUAAAAGCACGAGCGCGUCGGCCAUCAUGAAUGGAGGCAAACCAGUCAACAAAAGUAAGACGACAUAG